UGUAUCGCAGACUGGCAUCAAUCUCGCGACAAUCCUGUUUCAAUUUCCUGAGUGUUGGGAUUGCGUUAAACUCGGAAACCCGAGUUUCUACUGAAUGCCAUUAGGCGUACAUAAUCCUAUCCAUAAAUGCAAACUGAAACCCAAGGCCCCUGUUCGGUCUGUGUCCCUCCAACCGGGCCUUGGGAACCUCUUUUAGCAAACAGAACGCCACGUCUUCACCGUCUCCUCCAUUGCAGAGGAAUAAUAAAACAUUUCCCGCCAUCUUCAAAUCCCGUGAGGCAAGUACGGAGUUCACGCGAGUCUUUGCAGGUCUUACGUUACUUCCUGCGGAGAGUCGGCCUUGGCUAAAGGGAUACAUCCGCCCGUUCUGCCAGUCUUUUGGAUAGAAGUGAAGCCACUUCCGGGUCCUAUGGCAGUCUUCACAGUCUUUUUCCGGGUGAUGGAGGCGGAUGCCCCGGAUGUAAUACCGGCGAAAGCAUCUUUCCUUUUCUUUCCCGUCUGACCCUGGAUUCCUAGGUGAGCGUCAGCGGCUGGAGGAAAUCUAUUGCCAAUCAUGCCAAAGAGGAAAGUGACUUUUCAGGGUGUUGGAGAUGAGGAUGAUGAAGAUGAAAUCAGUGUUCCCAAAAAGAAGCUGGUGGACCCUGUGGCUGGAGCAGGUGGUCCUGGGAGCCGCUUCAAAGGCAAACACUCUUUAGACAGUGAUGAAGAGGAUGAUGACGAGGGGUCCAGCAAAUACGAUAUCCUGGCCUCAGAGGAUGUCGAAGGUCAGGAAGCAGCUACUCUCCCUAGUGAGGGGGGUGUGAGGAUCACACCCUUCAACCUGCAGGAGGAGAUGGAGGAAGGCCACUUUGAUGCAGAUGGCAACUAUUUCCUGAACCAGGAUUCGCAGAUCCGAGACAGCUGGCUGGACAACAUUGACUGGGUGAGGAUCAAGGAACGGCCACCUGAUAAGCAGCAGGUUUCGGACUCAGAGGAGGAAGGCAGCCUGGGUCAGACUCCAAUGAGUGUCCAAGCCCUCCUGGAGGGACUUCUGGAGUUGUUACUGCCAAGAGAGACAGUGGCUGGGGCACUUAGGCGUCUGGGGGCCCGAGGAGGAGGCAAAGGGAACAGCAAGGGGACUGGACGGCCCAAUUCUCCCCAGCGUCUAGACCGGCUAUCUGGGUUGGCUGAUCAAAUGGUGGCUCGAGGCAACCUUGGUGUAUACCAGGAAACAAGGGAGCGUUUGGCUAUGCGACUGAAGGGUUUGGGGUGUCGGACCCAGGGAUCCCAUGACCCCACACCUCCACCCUCCCUGGACAUGUUUGCUGAGGAAGUAACAGAGGGGGAACUGGAAACUCCAACCCCUACCCAUAGAGAAGAAGCAGAUUCAGCUGGAGAUGGUCUGAUGGAUGUGAUGUGGGAGUAUAAAUGGGAGAACACGGGGGAUGCUGAGCUGUACGGACCCUUUACCAGUGCCCAGAUGCAGGUAAGCCCCUUCCCGCCCUGGCUGUCCACCCCAGCUUCUGUCAUCUUGCCUCAGUUUUGUCCUCUGUUCUUACAGACCUGGGUGAGCGAAGGUUACUUCCCGGAUGGUGUUUAUUGCCGGAAGCUGGACCCUCCAGGCGGUCAGUUCUACAAUUCCAAGCGCAUUGAUUUUGAUCUCUACACAUGAGCCCGCUAAGGGCCCCGUUUGGCAGCCCCUUCUUUCUUGAACUUGGCAGAGGAGGUCCCAACUGCCCUGGGCAGUGAGGAUAUUGGAGGCCACUCUAAAGCCAGUGUCUCUUUGUCAAUAAAAGCCUUGAGUAUGCAUCAGGGCCUUGACUGGGCUAAUGGCCAAAAGCCAAGGCUUCUCCAUAGCUCCUUUUGGCUUCACCUGGUGGGUCCUUGAGUUUCCUCCCAAGAGACUUCCUCUCAUGCUUCUCUGGUGUCUUGGACCACCUCCGUUUUGUUUCCCACCUUGGAGGCAGAGGGAGGGCCCAUCAGGUGUCCUGUGUAAAAUUCCCUCUAUCACUCUGUUCUCUGUCAUGCUGAUCUUGGCUUUUAGGACCUCACAUUCUCUGCCCUGGCAGCUCCUUUGUAGCUGGGACAUUAGGAAGACUUUGAAAUCCUAUUGGGAGAUCCUCUUAAACAUGGAUUCUCCCCUUCUCCCUAGUCUGGUUUUACUACCCCUCACCCUCCUGCAGUAGUUUCCAUAGCUCUUAGGUGAAGUAUGAACUUGGUAGCACUUCAAGGUUACUUGGGCCACCAUGUGAUACAGCGAGGGGCAAAGGGCAGGGACUUACUGGAGACCUCACAGUAAACUAGAGAGGUGGCCCAUUCACCUAUUCCCUGACCUUUCUUGGCAUAAGCUUUUCUUGCUUAGCCUUUCAAGCAUUGUCUACAUUUCCUGGGCUCCCACGUCUUGGGCGUGGGGCUAGUGCCUUGAGGAAACCUCUGGUCUGGUCCCCAUGCAGGAAUCCAGAGUGUGAGAGGCAGACAGGGACCUGACAGUUCUCACCCCACCAGUGCUGCUUUCUGCUCACCUUGUCUGUACAGGAGGCCCCAAGAGCUGCAGGCUAGUGGGUCCAGGCUAAGGACUUGGGAAGUGGGGUUCAGCUCAGGCUUGGCUGCAGAUGUUAGAUGCAGAGACUUCUGACCUGUCUAACAAUUAGACCUGUUACUGCCAGUGUAGGGACAGAUGGUUUCUUUGACUUCAAGAAGCCCAUUAGUGGAAAGACAUCUGACUUGGUAUGUUACUAAGACAGCGAUAACCCUGUAGUUAUUUGUAAGGUAUUACUGGUUAAAGAGGAACCAGCUUUCUGAGAUACUUAGCAGUGAAAACCUGGUGUCUUGGGAUGAGUAACAUCCAGUCAUGUUGCCUGACUGAUUGUUCACAAGUGUUUGGUGAGAGAGACACCGAGGUGCCCUCCAGGUUCCUCAGACUUAGCUGAUCUAAAGCUGAUCUCUUCCUCAUGCUCUCUGAGGCACUUCCUGAUAAUACCCAGGAAGGGCAGAACAUCCCUGAAGAUACACACAUCUGAGCCCCAGACUGGGUGAAUAUUACUUAUGUUUUAUGUGGCAGAGGGAAAGUGUAGGAAAGGGAUUAUGUAGAAGUGACGUUGAGGUUUGGUUUGGUUUUGGUUGUUUUUUGUUUUGUUUUGUUUUGUUUUUUAAUUUUUUGAGGUGGGGUCUCACUGUGUAGCCCUGGCUGGCCUGAAACUCACAAGAGAUCUGCCUCCCCAAGUGUUGAGACUAAAGGUGUGUGCCAUGAUGCUGAGCAAAAUUGAGAAAUUUUGAGACUGGGAGAUUACCUUUGAUUAUUGGGACCAUUGUGAUCUCGGGGUUCUUACGCUGGAAAAGGAACUGACUCCUAACAAGAUCAGAGAACUGAAAGCUGGAAGAGAGGAGUAUGUGUCAGGGUGCCGGUGGCCUGGAGAGCCGGGAAGGCAGAAGGCAGGUCCUUCCCAGCCAAGUGUAGCCCCACACUGAUAACCCAGUGAAACCCACUUUGGACUUGUACCCUCUCGAAUUGUAUGAUAAUAAAUUUGUGUCGAGCUGCUUAA